CCUGAAACCAAACCUGCAAACUGGUUUCUGGUCUAGCCAUUGGCACCUCAACUCCACCCUUCCAAAAAGACCUUAUAACUUGAGGGGUAGAAGGACGUGUUUCAUUAUUCAGCCACUGCAGCAGAUCGCAGACGAGCAGAAGUGUCCUCUCUGAGCAGAACAGAAGCAAAAUGGUAUCCAUGUGUCGCCAGAUGCUGGGCUUCGCCCUGGCUCUUAUUGGUUGCCUGGGGACCAUCAUUAUUUGCGGGCUGCCCAUGUGGAAGGUGACGGCCUUCAUCGGGGCGAACAUUGUGACGGCGCAGAUCAUCUGGGAAGGCCUGUGGAUGAACUGCGUCAUGCAGAGCACGGGGCAGAUGCAGUGCAAAAUCUACGACUCCCUGCUGGCGCUGCCCCAGGACCUUCAGGCGGCCCGGGCGCUGGUGGUCAUCUCCAUUGUGGUGGCCGUGUUUGGGAUCAUCCUGGGAAUUGCCGGAGGGAAGUGCACCAACUUUGUGGACAAUGAGAUCAGCAAGGUCAAGGUGGCCAUCGCCAGCGGCGUCACCUUCAUCAUUGCUGGAGUCCUGUGCCUCAUCCCCGUCUGCUGGUCCACCAACACCAUCGUCCAGGACUUCUACAACCCGGUCCUCACCGCCGCUCAAAAGAGGGAGCUGGGGGCUUCGCUCUAUAUCGGCUUCGGCGCUGCUGCGCUCCUGAUCCUCGGUGGAGCUUUGCUCUGCACUUCUUGCCCACCCCAAGAGGAUAAACCUGUCUACAAGUACUCCCAGCCACGAUCCACCGCCACCAGCAGAGCGUACGUCUGAGGAUCACUAAGAGGUAGCACCUCUGCUGGGAAAGAGGAGAUGGACAUGAGAUAUGUAGAUGUUUGCUGGGACGUGUGAAUGUACUCGUGUGGACUAACAUUUGCAGAUUUAUAGUGAUAAUAAGUGUUAUUAAUGAAGAAAAAUGUAUGCAAAUGUUGGAGGGUGAAAUUUUAUUAGGUUAAUUUCACCAGAAAUUGAUGAAAUAUUAGCUAACCAUACAAAGAUUACACUCCUUUAAACUAUAAAGCUGUAAAAUGUCUUUGAUUAAAAAAUAUGGACUUUUUUAUACAGUAAGUACGCUGGUUAACUCUCACUCAAGAUGUACAAUUAUAUACAUAUAACGUAUACAUAUAACAUAUAAUGUAUAAUUGUUAUAUUAUACUGACUAUUCCAUGUGAUUGUUACAUUCACAAAAAAUGAACAAAUGUGAGCUCUGUGAAGAGCGUAACUGUUACCUUUCACUCAAAAUGUAAAACUGUCUUUUUUAUUUAUAGUUUAACAUUUUCUUUUCCUGAACUGUCUCUGAAGGAAUUUUGCACAUAAAAAUAAAAUGUUUGAACAUAA